AUGACAAUUUCUUUAGAAGCCCUAGCCAUGUUCGGGGCCGACUUUCUUGAAGUCGGCCUUGAUGUCACAGAGUGGGAGUUAGAUGACUCGGAGGUGCCUUCGUAUCUACUAGCAGAAGAAGAAGACGAAGAUCGUGACAACGGUGGAAAUAAAUUGAAACGGCACGAUGGGCCGAUUCCGUCAUCGUCUCUCAUUGAAAGUAGUCGGAGUUUUGUGGGUGAGGAGAAGGAGAGUGUUGUAACUAAUUGUGGACCUGCGAGUACUCUAGCAUCUAGUAAUGUUGCUACUCCGAGAUCGAGGCGUAUGGAAAGAGGUGGCAUAGCUAUUGCUCCAUCAAAUGUUACAUAUCGUGUUAGGGAGCGUGAAUUUAGAAGUAUGCACAGGGCAAUUGGGCAUAUGGAGGAUCGGAAGUUUGUUUAUAGUAGAUUCACACCAUGGCGAAGUUGUCACUAUAAUACUAGGUCAUUUUUAACGUGCAUUGCAUUCCUAGGAGAUUCUUCUCGAAUUGUUGUUGGUGGGCUCAACAGGGAUUUGAAAGUUAUCGAUUCUAACAAGAACAUUGUCUUGGACCAUUGUACAAGUCAUCUAUCUCCUCUUACAUUUGUACAAUCUCAUUUUUCCGGCGGAAAUCAAUUUAUACUUUCUUCAAGUUCAAAUGAUGUUUGCUUGUGGGAUGCGUCUUCGGUUUCUACUGGUCCUAAGCACUCAUUUGGUGGAGUCAAAGCCGCCAAAGCUAGUAAUUCAGGUCGAAUGUUUGGAGCACUAAGAUCAGAUUUACCACGCUCGGAGAUUCUUUUGUAUGAUAUUCAAACAUGUCAGUUGGGCUUGACAUUGUCAGAUACAUCCACCAACGUUUCUGGUACUGGGCAUGCAUAUUCUCUAGUUCACUUUAGCCCAUCCGACUCUAUGCUACUUUGGAACGGAGUUUUGUGGGAUCAAAGGGCCUCCACUCCAAUUCAUCGAUUUGAUCAAAUUACAGAUUUCGGUGGCGGCGGCUUUCAUCCUACUAGGAAUGAGGUGAUCAUAAACUCCGAGGUUUGGGAUGUUCGAAAGUUUAGGCUGCUUCGGAGCAUACCAUCGUUGGAUCAAACAACAAUUACGUUUAAUGCUAGUGGUGAUGUGAUCUAUGGCAUUAUGAGGAUAGAUCCCGAGGAUAUCAUAACAACUUUUGACACUCCUUACGAGAAGCACCCUCUUUUCACUGCUUUCCGCACAGUGGAUGCCGUCAAUUAUUCCGACAUUGCCACGAUCCCGGUUGACCAUUGUGUGAUCGACUUUGCAACUGAACCAAUUGAUUCUUUUGUAGGUUUAAUCACAAUGGACGACCACGAUGAGAUGUACACCUCUACAAGGUUGUAUGAAAUCGGAAUACGCAAGUCGACAAUUGAUGACUCGGAACCUUAUGACGUGAAGAGUGAGGAAGACGAACACGAAGUGGGUCUGUGUGGUGAUAGCGAUCACAAUGUGAGCGAUUUUGACGACGAUGAGGAAGAUGACUAG